GUUUUAUUUGCUAUAAAAAAGGUAUAAUUUAUAGUUAUUUUAAACGUUUUUUACAAUUUAAAUCAACGCUUCUCUAUUCGAAAGUCAACUACUGAGAUAUAGGCCUCUAAAUGUUGUUUUGUGCAACUACGGUAUAAAAUUUUAUGACGAUUUCUACUAAAACAAAAAAAUAUAUAUAUGGUAAAAAACACCAUCCUCGACUACUACAAUCUAAUUAUAUCAUUUUGAAAUUCCUAUUUUUUUAAAGAAAUAAAAUGAUUCCAAAGAACUUAAUCUUAUUGGUUUAUUUUCAUUCAAGUAGGCCAGCUUUGAAGUAUGGCCUUUUCCCAUGUUGUCACCCUGUGUAUUUUUCAGCUUUCCAGAAUGAAGAUCCAAAUGUAAAAAAUGUGUGUCUAAAUACAAAAGGUAUCGUGUUUUAUAGUACACCUCACUUUGGCUCAAGAAUAGCAAAUUUAAGCCAAGCCACUGCUUUAUUGUUGUGGCCUUCAGUUGAGGUUCAGGAACUACGCCAAAAUUCUCCUCAGUUGAAAAUGAUCCAUGAAAAUUUUCUUGACAUCGUUAAGUCGCUUCCUGUAAAGAUCGUUACAUUUGUGGAAACUAAGGCUACGGUUGUAACGGCCAUGAAGUUCAACUUUUUAUUAGUAGAACCAGAGUCGGGUCAUCCAGGAGUUGGUGAAUAUUUUGAAGUGCCUCAGGAUCAUCUUGGUAUUUGCAAACCAGCAAUAAGAUACUCAUUUCUUUACCAAAAAGUAGUAUCUAUGAUACGACAGAUUUUAAAAGAACUUGAACCACCAGAUGACGAACAAAAAUUUUCUUAGUGUUUUAAUUUAAUUUUCCCGCAAUUUGUGUACCAUUUAAAGCAAUUUAGGUUAGGUUUUUUGAUUUUUGACACUGUAAAUAUGACGUAGUUUAUUUUAAUUUAUCAAAGUAUAAUGG